AAAGCAUAUUUAAUGCAUAUUGAUCAGUUAUUUAAACUGAUCGACAUGUAUAAUGGAAGUCCAUAAGGCAUUAAUAUAGUCAACCAAUAAGAUUGGUAACGUAUGUCUCAAAUUAUCACAUGGGUUAGACAUUAUAGCAAAGUACAUUAGAGUGAGCCAUACGUACAUGAGGCUGUAAGUAUGAAGAGAACAAUAAGUGAUUUUGCAAGUAACACCACCGCACAUGGUUGGGGAAAUGUCACCCAAAGAACAACAAAACUUGGUAAAACCCUUUGGAUUGGCCUUUGUCUGGGUUGUACGGCUGUCGCUAUAUGGCAGGUGAUAACAGUUGUCCUGCGAUAUGGGACAUUUGAUACAAAGGACAGAAUCAUUGUGAAGAAUGGAGACAUUGUAUUUCCAUCAGUCACUUUGUGUCCUUUAGUUGGAAUGCCAGCAUCGGGAAAUCAACGGCUUUGGCAAGAUAUGACAGCGAGGAAACAGGAAACCAUUCCGAUGUUAGAACUAUCUGACCUCUUACAAAAUUUCUCAGGUUAUUUAGACAAUAAUAUCUCACAAAGUGCUCAAUCUGAGAAACUGGAAUUUUAUGAAGAGUUUUACAAUCGGCUGUAUUCUUUUCAAGGAUAUUUUGAUAAUAGUAAAAAGGCAGUUCAAGCCUACAGCCAUAAACAAGAGAAUUUUAUUCCAGUAUGUGUGUAUCAAGGAAAGUCAUGUUUGAAGUCUGACUUCUCCACUUUAGACCACCAUGAACAUUAUACAUGCUUUACAUUCAAUGGAGGCAACACAACUAUUGCUAAACCGAGCACAAAGAUCUCAGGCCCCAAAGGGGGACUAUCUCUAACUUUGUACCUUGAUGCACUUGUAAGUUCAAAUAUAUAUAAUCCAAACUAUCCAACAAGUGGUAGCCAAGGAGUAAGAGUUGUGAUUCAUGAAAAGGGGACCCUGCCUGACCCAGAAAAUGAUGGUUUUGAUAUUGAGCCAGGACAUUCGGUCAAUGCAGCGUUGUCUGUCAAUGAAAGACAAUUAAUGAAAGCACCUUGGGGUGAAUGCGCUGAUCAUGACUCUGAGUCCUAUGGAGGUUUCAAAUACACAAAAAAACAUUGUCUCCUGAAAUGCCUGCAGAAAACCAUCUACGAAACAUGUGGUUGCGUCAAAUCCUCUUUACCAGUCGAUGAUGACAUGGCUCAUACAGAAUAUUGUCUAAGACUUCAUUUAAAUGAAUGGCUGAAACUUAAAUCCGAUGAGUACAAUCUAACCAUAAUUCAAAAUGACUUGGAGCAACUGCGUUGCCAAAAUAAUUUUUCGUUGUCAGAUUUCGUUGGCCAAGAUCAUUGCCAAUGUCGGGAAAGGUGUCUGUACCAAUCAUAUGAAAUGACACUCUCUCAAUCAGUGUGGCCAUCAGAAGGGACAGAGAUAGAUUUUUACUGCCGUGGGGUCAUGAACAUGGACAACUACAUUAACUCCAGCAUCUAUCAUACCUUUCAUGAUAUUUUCCCUGGACACUGUGGUCAUGCAAAGUCAGAAGAAGAAAAUCAGAUACUCAGAGACACACACGGAAUUAAACUACGAAAAAAUAUUGUUCGUUUAAAUGUGUAUUUUAAAGAUCUAGACACGAAGAUAACCCAACAGGCUGAAGACUUCACAUUUAGCUCUAUGAUCUCAGAAAUAGGGGGAAGUUUUGGAUUCUUUAUAGGCAUGUCUAUCAUAACAAUUGCUGAGGUGAUCCUUUUGGGCUGGAACAUUUGUCAAGUGAUGAGAAAGAUGAUGGUAAUAUCGCCUACACACCAGGAGAAGGAAAUUGCACAUAAAAAUGCCUGGGAAGAAAUGGCCUGAAAGAUGACCAAAAGUAACUUUAUAGGCGAGUGGGAGCAGGGUCAAAAAUGGAACUUUAAUUAAGAUUGUCUGCAACCACUCAAAACAUGUUGAACUUUCAUGAUAUUGAUAUGGAGAUUCCAAAUAUGACAGUGAAAAGUUUUGAAAAAUGGCCGGUAACCAUGGAAACUGAUGCAAAGUGCCACUCCCUUUUCAUUAGCCAUAAAGUAUGUUAAACACAAUAUUACCCAUGACCUUUUUAUUAAUUUUUAACUAUUUGUAAUUGUAUUGCUACCAUAUUGAAGGUAAUAAAAUAUUAUUUAAUAAGAGUCAAUUUAUACACAGUUUCAAGAUAGGUUCUACAGGUGGAUUAACUGUUUACAUGAUGUUUUUAGAAUGUUGUCAAAUCUAUAAAAAUGAGAACUACAGUGAACUUAUGAAGUUGGAAAUGCCUUUUUGAUUCAACUGUUAAGGAAGGAUAGUGUACUCGAAUCAUGUCAAACUUUAAAAUGGGACAAAAGAGAGAGAUCAAAACUUUGAAAGUUAAAGGUCAAGGUCAAAUGAAGGUCAUAUCUGAAAUACAAAUUGGAGGAAUGCCGAUGUUAAGUCUGGAUGCAAAAAAUAUGUAUUGAAGUUAGUUGCGGACUGGACACAAUUACUAAUUACUUACACAGAUACAUUUGAACAGUUUAAUGGCUCAUAAUUAUUCCUCAAGACAACAGCAGCAUUAAAGGAGCUUAAGUGUGGAAUUAAGUAGUUGGAUGAUGCAAUUUUUCCAUUAGUCCAGUAAUGUGUUUGUCAUACAUACGUAAGCAACUCCUGAAAAGAAGUGGCAAUUUGAUGUACAAGGGUUGUUCAAAAAGUAUAAUAACAUCAUUGCAUUAUAUCACUUAUAUCCUCAUAAAUAAAGCUAUCAAUAACUUCAUUUUACCUACUUUUAUCUCAACAAUAAUGGCGUCAUCCCAAUUGGACAAUUAUUGUUCAAUUGGGAUGAAGCCAUCAGACUAUUUGAACAACCCAAACACUUUGCACAGAAACAAAGUUAUUUUUAAUUUGUAACAUUAUGUUAAUACCAUAUACCAUAUUUUCAUUUACCAUAUGUAAGUUUUGUCUAUUUUAACCAAGUUGUAGACAGUGGUAUAAUAUAAUUCGUUUGCCACUAUUGUACUUAGUGAAAAUGAAUAAAAUAAAAAAAAAUUACAUGAAAGCAUA